AUGUCCGCGGCCGACUGGUACGCCCACAAAUCGCUCGGGGACGGACUCUACUGGAUCCAGGAACGGUUCUACCAGUCGCAGAACCGGGCUAACAUAUGGCUGCUACGCGGGUCCCACCAGGACGUGGUCAUCGAUACGGGACUGGGUUUGAGGAGCUUGCCGGACUACAUCGACGCCAUGGGGCUGCUGGGCAAGGACCCGCAGCGGAAGAACCCGCUGCUGGCCAUCGCCACCCACGCCCACUUCGACCACUCGGGCGGCCUGCAUCAGUUCCAACAGGUGGGCGUCCACAGUGCCGAGGUGGAGGCUCUGGCCAACGGGGACAACUACGAGACGGUCACUUGGCUCAGCGACAGGGAGAUAGCCGAGGCUCCCAGUCCCGGGUGGAGGGCGAGGCACUAUAAAGUCAAGGCUGUGCAGCCCACUCACAUCCUGCAGGAAGGUGACGUCAUCAAUCUGGGCGACAGGCAGUUAACGGUGCUUCACAUGCCGGGCCACUCACGGGGCAGCAUCUGCCUCCACGACGCCGACAACAAGCUGCUGUUCAGCGGCGACGUGGUGUACGACGGCGCCAUGAUCGACUGGCUGCCGUACAGCCACGUUAGCGACUACAUCAGCAGCUGCGAGCGCCUGGUGGGCCUGGUGGACAGCGAACAGGUGGAUCAAGUCCUGCCGGGACACUACAACACCUUCGGCGCCAAACGCCUCCACCGCAUCGCCAGCUCGUACAUCAGUAGAGCCGGAACGUGCCCUGCCAAGUUCUCUACUUGGGCAUGGAGUACAGUAGCUGGCGUGGCACUCAGGGCGUCGCACCCACGUGGCAUCUGCUGA